AACUCCACAGUCCAACACUGGGAUUUUUGGGUGAUUAGUCUAAUCCAAUCCAAUCCAAACCACAAUUCACAUAAUUAUCCAUUGCAGGUCGAAGAAUUGAGAGUUGAUUUCGAUGGGGAAAGGCGGUGGAUGUGUUCCCAGCAAGAAGAAACCCUCGUCGAUCUCCGCCGAAGUCGCUCCGGCCAAUGCCCCUCUCUCCAUCGACUCCGCCGCCGCAGCAUUGCCGUCCACCACCACCACAUCUUCACAAUCGAUCUCCAAACUCAAGAUUUUCAUUGUCUUCUAUUCGAUGUACGGUCACGUUGAAGGUCUGGCUCGGAGGCUGAAGAGAGGGGUGGACGGCGUCGAUGGAGUGGAGGCGGUGCUGUUCCGAGUCCCCGAGACUCUGCCUCCGGAUGUUCUGGAGCAAAUGAGAGCGCCGCCGAAGGACGAUGACAUUCCGGAGAUUUCUUCGGCGGCGGAGUUGGUGGCGGCCGACGGGGUUUUGUUCGGCUUUCCGACGAGGUAUGGGUGUAUGGCCGCGCAGAUGAAGGCGUUUUUUGAUUCAACGGGGCAGUUGUGGAAGGAGCAGAAGCUUGCUGGGAAGCCCGCGGGCUUCUUUGUCAGUACCGGGACUCAAGGAGGGGGCCAAGAAACCACUGCCUGGACAGCAAUCACCCAGUUAGCUCACCAUGGAAUGCUCUUUGUUCCUAUCGGUUAUACCUUCGGAGCUGGUAUGUUCAAGAUGGAUUCCAUUCGAGGUGGGUCCCCAUAUGGUGCUGGGGUUUUUGCCGGUGAUGGCACAAGAGAACCAACUGAAACAGAGCUGGCACUUGCAGAGCAUCAGGGCAAGUAUAUGGCUGCUGUAGUCAAGAGGCUAGCUCGGACUUGAUUAUGAUGUGUUCCCAGAUUUCAGUUUUAUCUAUCCGUCCAAACACACUUGUGAUUCUUUUUUCUUCGAUUAAUCCAAAUGUGUUUGUGUUGAGAUUGAUCAUGGCAUUUCACCUAUUGUGAUUGUGGAUGAUAAUCCUCCUGCCUUCUUGUGGUGUCAAUGUUAUUCUUUUGUGCAUCUUUAUUUGUUCUGUGCCCUUUUUUUUCCAAAAAGCUGUACAUGGUUUUGUUAUUUUUGUGUCUGACUGUACUGUUAAUAAUAAAUGAUUCAAUGUCGUGUGCUUUUUUUGUGUAUA